GAGAUGGGAUCAGUUCUCGAAAGAAUGGGUUGUUCUCUCUGCAUGCACCCAGUCUCCUCUGCUCUGUCAGCUAUGUCAUGACACAGGCCACCCUGAUGCCAACCAUAUGCCUUUGGACUUCCAGUCACCAGAAUCAUUCCAGAGGGGUGACUACCACAUCGACGUCUGCAUCAACGACUACCUGGAUGUUUUCUGCCCUCACUAUGAGGACUCUGUCCCAGAAGAUAAGACUGAGCGCUAUGUCCUCUACAUGGUGAACUUUGACGGCUACAGUGCCUGCGACCACACUUCCAAGGGCUUCAAGAGAUGGGAAUGUAACCGGCCCCACUCUCCAAACGGACCCCUGAAGUUCUCUGAAAAGUUCCAGCUCUUCACGCCCUUUUCCCUGGGAUUUGAAUUCAGGCCAGGCCGGGAAUAUUUCUACAUCUCGUCCGCCAUCCCAGAUAACGGAAGAAGGUCCUGUCUAAAGCUCAAAGUCUUUGUGAGACCGACAAAUAGCUGUAUGAAAACUAUAGGUGUUCAUGAUCGUGUUUUCGAUGUUAACGACAAAGUAGAAAAUUCAUUAGAACCAGCAGAUGACACCGUCCAUGAGUCAGCCGAGCCGUCCCGCGGCGAGAACGCGGCACAGACGCCCAGGAUACCCAGCCGCCUCUUGGCCAUCCUGCUGUUCCUCCUGGCCAUGAUUUUGACAUUAUAGCACAGCCUCCUCCCGUCACCUGUCACAGAACACAUCAGGGUCUUGGAACACCAGAGAUCCACUUAACUGCUCAUCCUAAGAAGGGACUUGUGAUUGGUUUGGGCGAUGUCAGAUUUUUUUUGUUUUCUUUCUUUCAGCCUGAAUUUUCAGCAACAACUCGGGGCUGGGAGGGCGAAACGAUUCGUGGUUGCCGCCUCGCCCCGCCCCACCCCUCCCCAGCCCUUUUCCUUGGCUUCUCUCACCCCUUCCAAAUUAAAUGGACUCCAGACGAAAAUGCCAACUUGUCGUGGUGACGCCAGUGGUUCGCCAGCUCCUGUGCGCUCUCCUCUAAGAGCUCACCUGCCUUAGCGCACUGUCAGCGGGACAGGAACGAGGGAGAGUGGCAGAUGCGCAGUGCUGGCCCGGGAGCUUUCCCUCCCUGUACAAUAUUUAUGCCUCUCAUUCAGGACUGUAAGAUGACCGUGCAGGGCAUCAUGUCACCGUGUCAGGCCCAGAGGGGAGGUAUUAAGAAUAGAUAUAAUAUUACACCAUUUCCUCUAGGAGCAGAUAAAUGAACAGGCUUCUAAAAGGUUGAGACACUGGGGUUUUUUUUCAUAUGACUGUCUUAAAGCAUUCUUGACAGCGAAACUUGUGCUCUGAACAAGAAGCCUUUUUUUCCAGGAGCGGGUUGGGCACAGGGAUGCUAGCACAGAACCAGUGCGGAAACGGGACACCGUGCGGUGGGUGGGGGUGCGUAUGUGUGAGUGCCUCUAAUUUUUUUGGUAACUGGGCAGUGCACACCAGAUUUUUUUUUCUCCCUUUUUAAUACAAAUCACCAUGGUGCUACAACUGUUUUUUGGUUUUGUUUUUGUGUUUAGAAACUCCAAGAGGCAUUUUUAUGAAUAAAGUGACCUUCCCCGAGGCUGGCAAGCCAGGGUUGAUGAGUGCAUAGCCGAAUAGCUUUGGUUGCUCCGCUGGGGGACCGUAUGUACCAAGGACAGGAGCUCAGUGGCCAGAGGAGAUGUGACUUGGCUUAGCUGGAGCGCCAGUGUGCCGUGGCCUUUCCCGACCCCCACCCCGUGCCCACGUUCUGCUCCACACUCCACGACGUAGACCCCGGUCGCCAGGAGAGUCAGUCAGCACUGCUUGGGAGGGCUAAAGGGAACUGUCGAAGGAAAAUUCCAAAGUGUGGAGUAGAAGAGAUUCGAGCAUUGAUUUUAUAUCCCUUCCCUUUCUGACACAGCCUAAAGUGUAGGGGAACAUGUGUUUAUCUGUGGGAGAUGAACCAGAUGGAGUCCCAAAGACUUUAACAAAAUAUUUUUUUAAAAAUCCACUAGAAUAGAAAAUACAUUAUUUAGAUAUACUUUAUGCUGAGAGUGAGUAUAUAUGCUUGUCCUAUUUAAACUUGUGAGAAAAAGUGGUACCCCUUGAUACGUUUAGGGACGCGGGGCUAUCUUGUUUUAUUGUGGGGGCGGGGCAGAGUCAGAGCAGGACGACCCUGUGCAAGAACCUUAGCUGGCCUAGAGGGGGCAUGUCCGCGUGGUCACCAGGAGGAGCAAGCCUUGAGGUUUCUACUGGCGGGGCUGUCGUCAGCUUAAACUCCAAAGCCGAGCAGGGGGGGACGUGUCAGACCCAUGGGAAAGCAACCCAGCCUUCUGUGUUGUUCUACAGCAUGGCCGCAGAAACCAUGCCUUUGCGAAUACAAUGACUACGUAGGCAGAUAAAUGCGAUGAUCAUGUACAAUGUGAACAAUUGAAAGCAUUCCAACAAAAUAUGGAUUUUUUUAUAUAUUUGUUUUUUAAGAUGUAUAUGUUUAAAAAAAAAAAAAAAAGAGAAGAGGGGUCGAUUGUGGACAGACUUCAUGAAUGGGAAGUAGCUUGGAAUUUUGAGUCGCUCUGAGUUGAAAAACUGUGUGACCGGACGGCAGUGCAAACGUCCUGCACCUACACGUGUUGAAAUGUGAUCUGGGCUGACCUGAUCCGGGUGGAGUGGAUGUGACUGGUGGAGGCUGUUCUCACUCAGAACCACGCGAGUGGGGUCGCCCCCCUCGCAGACACGAUCCAUCCUACUCCCCUCAACGUCGGGAACCACCCUCUGAGAAAGCAGCCACCAUUUCACUGAAACAAAAGUUCAUCGCAUUCGAUUCCUUUUUCCUUUAACUAUUUAUAUGCUCAGUACUCUCAAUAAUAUCCCAGAAAUACUUCUUCUUACUAGUUACAGGCUUGUUGGUCCAGUGGGAUUGGGGUAGGGGGAAAAAAGGUACCUCCUAAAAUGGAUCAAUAGUAAAAACCAAAAUAAUACUGCAUGUUCUAUAACCACAAGGAAAUCAGAUGAUCCUAAUGAGUCCAGUUAGUUGUAACUACAUUAGCAGUGCUAAUUUCACUUUAGAAAUGGUGACUUCUGUGGUUUAUCUAGCAUUCGUCUCUAACAAAUGAUGAAAUAAUGACUCAUGGCCCUCUCUGCCAUUGUCUUUCAUUUUUUCACAGUGGAAUUAGACCCCUUUACUUCACCAUUGUGCCACUGCAAAUUAGGUUUAAAAAAAAAAAAUAGAGUAUCCACACCAGUAGACCGUAUGCUUCUCUACCCUACAGUGACAUAAUUAUAGCUAUUGCACUUGUCAUGGAGUUUUCAAGAAGAUGCUUGGUGUCAGACAGUUUUCAUCUAGUCCAAAAAGUGCUGGUGGCCUUUUGUGAUGGCGUUACAAUCCUCUGGGGGCUUAGAAGACUGUCGAUGCAAAGUUGUAGUAGCUUUUAAUUUCCAAAACAGUUCAGAAGUCUGGAGGGUGGCCAUAGCUGCCCCUCAGCCCCAGUUAGUCAAACCCCAGCGACCUUUGCCCCUGGUUGCCAAGGGCUUUGCAACAUGAAGCAGGGAAAUAAGGAUCUGUCUGUUUAGUGGAUACCGUGUAUCCUUUACUAGACCAGGUAACAGUUCGUGUUAGUUUAGACUCUUGUUUUGUACUGUACUUUCUUGGGUGGCAGAGGAAAGAAAAGUAAAACAUUAAAAAUAAAAAAAAAAAAAACCAACCUUGCGUUCUUUAAAUUCUGUAUUAUUAGCAACCUCUGUUGUAUAUAGUGUUUGAUAAUAAAGUAUUAAUUUGA